CCCACAUUUUGGCGUUACAGAGAACUUCGGCGACGAUGUUCACCAGCGCACGCAGGCGCAUUCCACAUUUUGCACGGACAACUCGUACCUAUGCUUCAAUAGCAUCGACGUCAACAGCCUACGAUGUUUGUGUUAUUGGUGGAGGACAUGCCGGCUGUGAAGCUGCAGCUGGUGCCGCGAGAACAGGUGCUCGAACGCUUUUGCUAACUCAAAAGCUUGACACAAUUGGAGAGCUGUCUUGCAACCCUUCAAUCGGAGGUAUCGGGAAGGGUACGUUGGUUCGGGAGGUUGAUGCUUUGGAUGGCGUCUGUGGGCGUGUUACAGAUAAGGCCGGUAUCCAUUUUGUCAUGCUGAAUCGCUCACGCGGUGCUGCUGGCUGGGGUCCAAGAGCGCAAGUGGACCGGAAACUGUACAAACGGCAUAUGCAAGAGACUCUACAUAACUAUCCGAACCUAGAUAUACGAGCAGCGAGCGUUCAUGAUCUAGUCCUGGAUCAUACUGUUGAUGACACAAGGCCGCACCCAUGGGCUUCAGUUACCGGUGUCCGCCUAGAAACUGGUGACACCAUUCGUGCCUCACAAGUCAUCAUCUGCACAGGCACCUUUCUUUCUGGAGAGAUCCACAUCGGAAUGAAACGCUUCCCAGCUGGUCGUAUGAACGAAGCGCCCUCUGUCGGGCUUUCAGGUUCACUUCGCGCGGCCGGAUUCAAGCUUGGAAGACUGCAAACCGGAACUCCUGCAAGGAUUCUGAAAGAUAGCAUCGAUUUUUCGAGACUCGAAGAACAGCUUGGAGAGACUGAACCUGUACCGUUUAGUUAUAUUAACUCAGGAGUCGACAACGCGAGGAAGCAGGUGUCUUGUUACAAGACGACUACAACACCUCUUACGCACCAGAUAAUUCAGGACAACCUACAUCUAAGUUGUCAUAUACAAGAGACGAAGAAAGGUCCCCGUUAUUGUCCCUCUCUGGAAGCCAAAGUCAUGCGUUUCCCUCAAAAGGAUCACCAUCGUAUAUGGCUAGAACCUGAGGGCUAUGAUUCAGACCUCAUAUACCCUAAUGGAUUAUCGUGUAGCAUGCCCGAAGAGGUUCAGAUACCUCUCUACCGAAGUGUACCUGGGUUGGAAAAUGCGGUCCUUGUGAAACCCGCAUAUGGUGUCGAGUACGAUCAUGUGGAUGCGAGAGAGCUUAGACCUACCCUGGAGACGAAGCGGAUAAAGGCAAUAUCAAUUAAGGGCCUUUUCCUUGCUGGUCAGAUCAAUGGCACGACAGGAUAUGAGGAAGCCGCGGCCCAGGGCACCAUUGCCGGCAUCAAUGCCGGUCUAGCUGUUCUUCAUCGACCUCCUCUAAUUCUCACCCGUGCCGAUGGGUAUGUUGGGGUUAUGAUUGACGAUCUCAUACUCAAAGGUGCUGAGGAGCCUUAUCGGAUGUUCACUACGAGGUCAGAGUACAGGUUGACGAUUCGAAGUGAUAAUGCGGAUUUGAGGUUGACUGAAAAAGGUAGACUGGUUGGCGCAAUCUCAGAUACACGAUGGUCACAUUUCCUAUCAACCCGGAAUGAGAUUAUUUAUGUGACAGAGAUCCUGAAGUCUUUCUCGCAUAGUCCGCACGGGUGGCGCAAGUUGGGGGUGCAGUUCGAUAUGAGGUCUGAUGGAAUUCGGAGAAGCGUUUUCGAAUUGCUGAACCGUGGAGACGUCACUUUGGACGUGAUCAAGCCACUAAUUCCAGAACUCGCUACGAUGGAUCCUCGGAGUGUCGAACGUGUUGCGAUCGACGCCCAAUACAACGCGCAUCUCCGUCGUCAAGAAGCUGAUCUUCGGCUCUUCUCCGAAGAUGAAAGUCUUGUGUUGGAUCCUAACAUCGACUACAGCAAUGUAGAAGGUUUGAGUUCGGAAGUCAGAGAGCGCUUGGCUUUAAUCAGACCUACAAGUAUCGGAGCCGUCCGGAGAAUGGAAGGCAUGACCCCUACGUCUAUGGUCUCACUUCUUCGAUUCGCAAAGAGGACUCAUAGGCCAGAGCCAGUUGAUAUACCAGCCCAGGAGAUGUUGGCUUCUUAGACCUCACCACGCAUUUCACUUCCAACAUAGUGUGACGAUAUGUGGAGACAUUGGAUUUUCUUGCCUACUAGCGAAUGAAGAGGCAUAUGACGAUGGGCAUACAUCCUGCUUGUUCUCAUUAGAACGUGUCUGAGUGACCAGAUGGGCUGUUGGUGGGAGGAGGCGGUCGGGGAGAGAAGCAAAGUGAUCGGUGUUUUGCACUGCAAGGUUUGACUUUAUAGAAUUCAUCGUAAAGCUCGCAUUGGAAAUGACUGCCCAAGAUGUGUUCUCUGCAGAACCAGAUGUGGCUUGGGCAGUAAGCCGGAUGAACAAAUAGAAUUGGUUGAGGUCGGCCUGACCAGAUUCCAACGCCUCCCAUCACCUUAAUCGUCUUCAUAUAGAACUCGUUCUUCAUAUCUAAUGUUGUAGGCAUGGGGCAGGUUGUCGUGGUCUGCCGUUAAGUAUGGUAGUUUUAUGACCAAGUCAUGCCAUGCUCCAUGACUCGAAGAGACGAUAUCGAAUCAUUUUGUUGUGCAGAUUCUCGUUGAUGCUCUCAACAUGUAUAUCAUUUCGUGCCAGGGUCUUAUGAGAACAUAUGCCAUGGUACGUU